AUGCCUUGGACGAGCAGUACUCGCAGUUCAUUUGGAUCAGGAAGCACUAAUAGUAGGUCCUUCAAGAGUGUUUCGUCACCUCCCACGUCCGAAGGACCCGAUAGUUCUCCCAUUUUAAAGAGUGGCUCUUCCAGCUUGAGAGCUAGUGUUUCGCUGUCUGAGCCUCCCGCGUUUGAGGCACUGAAUAGCUCUUCCAGCUCAAGAGUUGGUUCCCAAGAAACCUCGAAAACACAUAUUCGUGUUUCACAGCCUGCCACAUCUGAGGUGCCUAAUAACUCUAUCACUUUGAAGAGCUAUACCUCUUCAUGCUUGAGGACCGGUUCUCAGGUAACCCCAGUCAAGCCCAGAGGAUCUACUACUGGAUCAUUGCCUCCCAUAUUCGAGGUGCCUACUAGCUCCCCCAUAUUGGUACCAAGUAGCUCCCCCAUACCAAGUAGCUCCCCCAUACCACGUAGCUCCCCCAUCCUAAGGGGUAGCUCUCCCAAGGCUUCACCCCUCUUGACCACUAUGGUCAAUGAGGGUAGUCCCACAGUAGCUACCAGAUCCGGUUCUCACAAGAGGUCACACCGGUAUAGCUUACUGUCAGAUGAUGGACUCGAUGACUGCGAAGAUCUUCCCACGAAGAAAUCAAAGCCAUUACUUACAACAUACACUUAUGAUCGGUCCUCUGAGGCUGAAAUUUAUUUCAAUCAGCGCAUGCUGGAGCUCUCUCGUAUUAGCCGCCGGGCUUUCGCCGCCAAGAUGGAAUACCAGCGCCUACGCACUGAAGAACUAGAACUAAUGACAUCCCUCUUAAAGGAUGAAAUGGAGGAGUCCCAGGGGCAUCUCAUUAAGACUGAUUUACAGAUAGGCUCACUCCGGAAUGACCUCCACGACGCAGGAGUGGCAGUGAUAGGGAGCAAAGGGAGAAAAGACGCCAGGGAGAUCGGAAAUAGGCUGUUCCCGGGUUGCGGAGAUCACGAGGCUGAUGACAGCAGUGACUACCAUUCUUCUGUCUCUUCUGAAUGCAAUGGCGGUGAAGGUACAACAAUUCAGAUGGGUUUCUGGACUAGGCUUAAGGCUCAGAGGAGAGGAAAUAUCAUAGAAACUUGCUCAGCACUCAGACUCAUACUGGUAACUGGUGAAAAGAUUGAUUGCUUAUCCCAGCCAGAAAUGAAUCCCUACAGCGGUGUCGAUGAGAAUUGGGGUGCACCUGACGAUUCACAAUUACUAACGAGCAGCUCCAAGCCCUGA